CCCAUUGAGCCUUGUGGAGCACUCACUCAGGGUUUGGAGUCGAUAUCUGGAUUAAAAAUCCCAUGCCUCAACUGGAAUCCGAACCCAGUACCUACCAGCCUGUAGACCGAUGGCCAGUACACAACAAUUCGAAAUAACUGUACCAUGUUUUGUCCAUGCAUUAACCUACGUACUGAAAUGAGACGGUAUUUUCUUAGUUAAUUUGUAUUUUCUGUUAGUUGCCUCUACCUGCGAUUCCUGAUUGGCAUAUGUGUAUUUGAUAGUUAAUCAGACGAGCCAAGUAAUUACCGCUGUCUAGACACAAAAAUACAUACCAGUAUUGUGUAAUAACCUGUCGCCCCUAAAAUGGUAAUGGACAUGGUUUAUUACUGUAAUUAGUCCUGUAAAACUAUUUCCACAUCUAAAAUCACAGAAAUGACCAAUUACGUAGUCCCAAAGAAAAGAAAAUUAUCACUUGGGUAUCGUGGGUGGUUGGUUUUGCUCCAACGUAGCACACCAAUAGGCCCAAUAGUGUACAUUUUUCCUUUGGAUUAUUUAACAGAGAAAAAUACUAUAACCCCAUUUUGUUCUGUUAAUGCAACUUGAAAUACAUUUAGUUAAAUAGUUUAUUAUAUGUGACCGUCUAUGGGAAAACCCGGCCAAAGUCGCCAAUAGGAAUUCGCGCACAAUGCCAUUUUAAGUAAUUAACACAAAAAUAGUCCCUUUUUUUUUAAUCAAAUAAAUAAUACAAAACAUUAUCUUUUCUUUCUGUUUGCAAAAAAUAUAAGGGCUACGAACAUUCUGAAAGGCUUAAAACAAGUUUUUUUGUAGUCAUUAUCACUAAUUAGUAAUCAGAAUUUCGCUAAAACAAAGGCAGAAAAUGUAUUUUGUUUUAUUUUUUUCUUCACCAAGAUUGCGCAUGUAUACUACUUAAUUUGGCAUGCUUCGGUUCAGGAACUAUUUGGUUACCACAAAAUUACGAUACAGGUGUAUUACUACAUCGCUGUGACAUGCUUUUCAAUGUUUUAACAUCACACUGAACUUUGCCAUUUUUGGUUUGCGACUUUGGCCGGGUGAAUGUUAUGGUUACAAGUUUCGAUGAUACGACAUAUUAUUACUUGAUUCAACGAUAUACUAUAAAGGAUUCAUCUAAUAUUAAUUGUAAUGAACAGUUUUAAACAAAAUCCUAGUAGGUUUUCGAUGUGAAAUAUUGUUUUUGUUGGAAUUAGAUGUGACCCAGAAAUGACAAAAAUAUCGGUCAAACAAAGAUGGUGUCGCGAAAAAACAAUGCUGAAGUUACCCAUUUCUUAAACCAAAGGUGCUAAAUUUGCAGGGAAUUGACACAGAGGAUGCCUUGACUACUUUGGUGGAAGAAUACUUCAUAGGCAAAGAAAAUUACUCAGAAGGAAUUUCAUCUGAUGACGAAUUAUUUUCCGGUAAGCUGUUUAUUUUUAGAGUAGGGAAUCCUCGUCUGUCCGUGAACCGUGGCAUUAACGGGAUAUGGCUUCUAUGCACGCGCAUUGUAAUCGCAUGGUCAAUUUGAAGUAUUAAUAGUUUACCGUAUUCAAUUUACUACAGAAAUCGAGCAAUAGAAUGUAUAAAACCUUACCAGUUUAAUUUGUACAUAGAUGAAAUAUGCACAGUCGAAUGUUGACAUUUUUAAUGGUACCCCUAAAACAGUGGCAUUUUUUUUUUUUUUACAACAGUGAUGUGUGGCACAUGACUUCAUCAAAACUAUCUCUGCCGUAAACUCAUGCUUAUCUAGGUUUGUUUAGCAUGUUAUUCAUCAAUUAAUAUAGUGACAUGAACUAUCGAAUAAUGACCCCUUUCAAAACUCACCAAAUUUCAAUUUGGCAUUAUUUUAAAAUAAAUAACAUAAACACAGAAUUUGCGUUUAGCAAACAUUCAUUUGUUUCAGGUCACUGGGAUCAGUCUUUGGAAAAGUUUACGGAACGACUUUCUCCCACUCCCUUACCUGCAUAUCGUAUUUACGUUACAAUGUAAGGGUUGCAGACGUUUCGUCCCCCAGUCAGAUCGCCCCAAUGUGCCUGUUCGCCCCCGGUUAUUUGUUAGUUCGCCCCCCUUUUAUACAAGUGUUGUCAGUUAAUAAAGCUGAAAAAUAUUAUUGGAGUGCGCACUGUUGUAGAAUGACUGCUUCCAUGUUAUGUUAGCACAAAAUAUUUUAUUAUUGUCUCUUUUUUGACAAAAUUGGAAGACGGGAUAAAAGCGACAUUAUUUUUUAAAUAACAUUAACACAAAAACCUGCUUGUGAAAUUGGUUAUUGGAAAGCCAGGUUGUGCAUUUUCAGAGGCAUUUUCCUCCUGUCAAUUUCGAGCCUUGUCGAAUUUAUUACCUCAAAGGAAAAUUACAUAUAACAUCUUUGACUGACCUACAUUCAAGAUGUGAAUUAUAAAGCCUAAUGUCAAUAUUACAAAUGGUGUUGAGGCAAAGUUACAAAUAUUUUGAGGUGAACCGACAUGUGGGGCGAACUUCCUUGGCUUUGGGGGAAAACAUCUGGUACCCUUGAACAAUCUAGAAUUUAUUAAAAAUGUAGUUAUGAUUUAACUUGACUUAGGACACAAUACAUGUAUGUAUUAAUGGAAAGAAGUGAUUGUAGCUUUAAUGAUAAUAAGCACCUCCCUACUUUUUAAUUGUUUUAGAUGAUGAUGGAAAAGAUGAAGGGGAAUUCACUUUCAUUGAACCCGUGUUGGACAUUGCAUGUAAUGCAGAAAAAGAGAAUGAAGAGAUAUUUAGCCCCAAUGCUGGUAAAGUGGACAAAAAGCUUUCAGGACAUUUUGUUUGCAAAUGCAAAUUACUAAAUGGUGGACCAUGCUCAAAGCAUUUUGACCAGCAGAAACUAAUUGAUAUUCGCACAGACCAUCUGGCCAUGGAUUCGGAUUUGUGCAUCUUAAGCCAGAUUUCUGCCCACAUCCAUUGUGGCGAGACUACUGCCAAGUCCAAGCAGCAAGUUCAAACAUUACGCACUAAAUCAAGGAUGGAUUACAUGUUAGAAUCAAAAAAGAUUUGUCGUGAUAGUACUGAUACUUUCAUGUUCAUACAUGCAGUUUUCAAAGAGCGGCUGUGUUCACUCACUCAGCAUUAUUUGGAAAAUGGACUCACUGCACGCACACAUGGCAAUGCAUAUAAAACUCCCCAAAAAGCUUUUUGUAUUGAUGACAUUCAGAGGGUUGUGACAUUUGUAAAAAAUUUGCUGAACAGAAUGCCAUUUUGCUUCCGGGCAGAAUACCAGGUUACAAGCUUGAUGAUUUGAAACUACUGCCAUCAUCUGUUAGCAAAGCAACAAUACAUCGCCUGUAUGAAGAAUCAUGCUCAAGUUUCGGAGUUCGGGUGGUAGGAAUCAAAUCCUUCUGUGUGUUUUGGAAGCAGUAUGUUCCGAACAUUUUACCAAUGAAACCCAUGUCAGACUUGUGCUGGACAUGCCAGAAAAAGAGCAAUCUUUUAAUUAAAGCUGCAAAUCUGCCAUUAGAGUUGAAGACUGCUGCUGUAAAAUCUGCUGAGGAACAUCUCUUCCGAGCCACCCAGGAGCGAUCACUCUAUAAAAGUAAAGUGAAAAGCUGUAAAGAUGUCUUCACAAUGGAGGGCAUCACAGACCUGGAAGCUCCUGGAAAUGUCGUUGCUGAUUGUUCUCGCACAUUCGAGGCACACUACAGCUUUGAUUUUGCUCAACAGAUCCACUAUCCAUACAACCCCAUGCAGCCCGGACCAAUUUUUUUCAAAACCCCUAGGAUAAUUGGUGUUUUGGGGAUGAUGACAGAAGGACUGGCCAAAAUGGUACUCUUUCUUUUGGAUGAGGCAUCGUCAACAGGUAAAGGGGCAAACUGUCAUCAGCCUUCUGAAUUUCUUUUUCGAGAAUUAUGGAUUGAAAGAAACAGUGUGCCACUUACAUGCCGACAACUGUUCAGGCCAAAAUAAAAAUAAUGCAAUGAUGCAUUAUCUAGCUUGGCGGGUGAUUACGGGAAAGCAUAAGAAGAUUACUUUGUCCUUCCUUCUUGCCGGCCAUACCAAGUUCGGCCCAGAUUGGUGUUUUGGACUGUUUAAGAAAAAACUAAAGUCAUCGAAAGUGGAUUGUUUAAAGGAUGUUGAAACUGUGGCCAAAUAGUCAUCCCCAGCAGGCGUCAUUGUUCCACAGCUGUGAGGUGAUGAAGGUGGUCGAGUGUUUACUCCAAUGUACUCUUUCUUCUUUCCUGGCAUAUUUAGAAAAAUGCCUGCUAUAAAAAACAUACACCACGUGGAGUUUUAACCCGAUGGGAGAAUUUUGUGCAAAGACUUUGCUGAUAGUGAGACGGUGGAGCAUAACAUUUUAAAAGUUCAGCCAUCCGAAGUACCGCGUGAACUACCACCCCAAAUAUUUCCAUCUGGACGGUCUGUUGAUCGGAAAAACUAUCUGUUUAAGGAAAUUCGCCCUUUUGUGGCAGAACAAUUUCAGGAUCUAGUGUGCCCUAGACCUAGAACGGACAUGGAUGAUGUAUCUGAGGCAGUGCGUGGCCUGGUCGUCCUCUCAAAAAAGCAAAGGGACUUGCUGCUAGGAAAUGAAUAUUCUGACACUCGAUGACUGCGAAAACUAUUCAUUUUAUUUUGUAUAUAUGUUUUAAGACGUAAUAUAGUGUUAAUAUAAAAUAAUUUUGCCAACCCUGUGUUAUAGUUAUUUUUAUAGCAGACAGAAUAAGCUUUCUUUUGGUAUAUUACAAUAUCUUGUAACAAUUCUGGAUUUUGAAAUAUGUGCUUUACAAGUUCUAUCUUUAAAUCAUAAAUUCUCAAAAUGGCCGCGUUCGGAUCCUUGGAGAUAUGGUCUUUAAAAUGUAAUAUUUCUUUUAUUAUUAAAGGCAGAAUAAAAUCCUUUGGCCAGUACAUUUCUAACAUAAUACUAAUGGGGAAAAACAUAAAAAUAAUAGUUUUUAAUUCUUUGUACUUUGGCUGGGUUUUUGCAUAGACGGUCAUAUGUUAUCAUGUCAUUUGUUGUUUUACAAGUUAGGUUCAUCAAAGAAAAGGGCCUUGUCGUAAAUUACUGCUUUUGUUUACACUGUACAUACAGGAAUUAGUAGGAGCCGACGUCAC